AGGGAGACAAGUGGGGACAGGAUGGCAGUGCCUUGCAUGGAGCUGAACAACAAGAUGAAGAUGCCCAUCCUGGGGCUGGGCACCUGGCAGGCUCCUCCAGGGAAGGUGGAAGAAGUGGUGAAACACGCUAUCGAUGCUGGCUACCGCCACAUCGACUGUGCCUAUUUCUACCAGAAUGAGCAUGAAAUAGGGAAUGCAAUCAAGCACAAGAUCAAGGAGGGGGCUGUGAAGCGGGAAGACCUCUUCAUUGUCACUAAGUUGUGGAACACAUUUCAUGAGAAGUCCUUGGUAAGGGAAGGGUGCAAAAGGAGCCUUACUGCACUGCAACUGGACUACAUCGACCUGUACCUAAUGCACUACCCUAUGGGAUUCAAGGCUGGUGAAGAACUCUUGCCUGAAGAUGACAAGGGUAUGAUUAUUCCCAGUGACACAGAUUUUCUGGACACAUGGGAGGCCAUGGAAGAGCUGGUGGACUGCGGCAAGGUAAAAGCCAUUGGAAUCUCAAACUUUAACCAUGAACAGAUUGAGAGAAUCUUAAACAAGCCAGGAUUGAAAUACAAACCUGUAGUUAACCAGAUCGAGUGCCAUCCAUACCUGACCCAGGAGAAGCUGAUCAAGUACUGUCACUCUAAAGGAAUCGCCGUGACUGCAUACAGCCCCCUGGGCUCUCCUAAUCGGCCAUGGGCCAAACCAGGGGAACCUAUGCUGCUGGAGGAUCCUAAGAUUAAAGAGAUUGCAGCAAGAUAUCAUAAAACCCCUGCCCAGGUUCUGAUCCGGUUCAUUAUCCAAAGGAACUUGGCUGUCAUUCCCAAGUCUGACAAACAGCAGCGCAUUAAGGAGAACAUGCAGGUGUUUGACUUCGAGCUGUCUAAAAAGGAGAUGGAUGCCAUCCUCACCUUUAACAGAAACUGGAGAGCGAUUACAGUGCUGCAGUCUGCGAAUCACAAGGACUACCCAUUCAGUGCAGAGUAUUAACACCUGCAGUUUCAGCAACAUCCACAUCCUCCACCGCAAACCCUCUGGAUUAGGGAGUUCUAAUAGCUUCUAUAUAUAUAUAAUACUUCUAUAGCUGAGUCCUGAUUUCUUCUUUUGUACUCAACAGCCAUUGGGAGUGGUCACUUGUCCUUCUUUUUCAGGAGGACACCGCUAGCUGGUGAAAGAACGCAUCAACGGAAAUGGGUCUUUUGUUGAGAGGUUUAGCAGAAAUCUGGUUUUACUUCUUUUUUUUAACUCAACGUCUCAUUUCUGUUUUUCCUUCUCCUGCUUAACUGAAAACAUGUUUAGCAAAUGAAGAAAACCCUUGUAAGUAACCAGAGUUUUUAUGUUGUUUUCAGUGCGGUAAGCCUUACUGGCUCAUGAGUGGCUGUUGAGGAAUGCGGUGCUUAUUUACUUUGCUUUUUAUAUAGUUGUGAUUUUUACGGUAUGAAUAAUUAAUGCUUUAAAGUUUUAUAUGAAUAAAGAUUGAAUAAAAGCAAACAAAAAAGAGAAGUCUGAAUAACUUCAUCAGUCUGACACUUAGAUUUUUUUUCAUGUAGUUAAUUAUAAAAACACGCCUGAAGUCUAGUUUUCAAAUUUUAAUACAGGAAGGAAAGGCUCCUAUGGUUCCUGUCCCAGGAACUAAUUUGGGACUUAGGUAUCAAACAGGCUAGAGCUGUACCUAAAACGGACCUUCCUCUGAACAACCAGAAAUCAACUUUUUGUACAAUUUAAAGGUGGAAAAAGUGAAGACAGAAACAUAGGCAGUGAUAACUCACAAGAAAAUAGACCCAGCAGAUCACAGGUCCCGGAAAUCUCAAACAAAAUUAGAUUUUUGCAGUUCUGCUGGUAACAGUCUAUCCAAACAGGCUCUAGCUUUAUCUAAGAUAAAUACAAAAAAUAUAUAUUUUAUUUAAAAACACCAAUGCAAGCACUGAAGUAGACUCAAAAUCGCUUUAAAUGUUUUCAGAUAGAUGAUACUGGACCAAAGCAAAGGCUGAAUUUAAAAGUCUGUUCUGUGGCAUUCAGCACACUGACCACAGAAAGUCUGACUGGGAUGCCAGGUGAGCAACAGUAAGGCAUGAGUUAAGGUGCCAAUUGGGUAGUGUCUCAAAAAUCAUCUCCUCACCAUAGCAUCAAAAUACCAACACAACACGCAAUGCCACUGACCCAUCACAGGGAUUUCUCUGCAGCAGAUGCCAUGGGGAGGUGGUUCUGGUUCAGGGGACAAGCCAGGAACCACUUGUACAACGAUGUGUUCCUAAAAGCCAAAAAUUUCCCAGCAACGAGGAAAAGCAUUACUCCAGCCCAGGUUUGGAAGCACAUCCCCCCUGAGCUGCCUCACCUAGGGAAGCAGGAGAAACACUGCAAACGCUACAGCUCACACAGAGAACAUUUCACAACGCAGAUGCCAUGCCUGAGGUCAAGUACCUGCUUUUCUAGGCAUGUUGAUUUCUGGAUGUUGUCUCACACUGGCAAAUGUGAUAAUUAAGAUAAUUAUUUUAUUUUUCUCCCUUUAAGAAUACAUACAGUAAAGCUAAUGGUUUCAGGACAUAGCUGUCUGGUGUAGGAUGUGUACGAGGUAUAUAUCAGGAAAUGCAUCCCUCGAGCUUCAUGGCAAUGACGCCUUGUUUCACACGGCCUUAGAGGGGAUUCCUAUCUCAGUGACAACAGUUGCAAUUCCUACUCAUUAACAAACAGGGGGCUGCUGAUGGAAAUAUUCCAUUUAUUGUGAAUGCGGUUUCAGAAUACAUUGUUUGAACAAAUCAUUUUUAUUGCAGCUAUCAAAUGUAUUUGAAAGACUCAGAAGAGUGUUUACAAAACCCCCAAACAAAAAACAUGACAACUCAUAGACAAUGUCAGGCAUAGUUUCACCCCCUACAGAUAACUACACGCAUCUCUAUGUAAACAAGAUGUUUCAGCCAAGCAGGGAAGCUCAUCUUUGGGCUCUUCUCUGUUACUAAGAAGUCAGAUGCUGUAAGAGAUGGAAGUGGUGAAAGGGAGAUCCCGCUAGUUUCGAUGCACAACAAAGCUGUUAACAACACACUCGGGGGCUACUUCAGCU